UGUUGGAGGCGCUCUCAUUGCCGGGAUCCCAGUCUCAGCCCUUGGGAGGCAUCGGGUAUCUCCCUCCCUGCCAUCACUUUCCUGGCUGGGCUGGGCGAUGAAUGGCUUCAGCACCGAGGAGGACAGCCGGGAUGGGCCCCCCGCUGCCCCCUUUUACGGCCAGAGCUGCUGCCUGAUUGAUGACGGGGACCGCUGUGUCCGCCCGGCCGGCAAUGCCUCCUUCAGCAAGAGGAUCCAGAAGAGCAUCUCCCAGAAGAAGCUCAAGUUGGACAUUGACAAAAGUGUAAGGCACCUGUACAUUUGUGAUUUCCACAAGAAUUUCAUUCAGAGUGUGCGAAACAAAAGGAAGAGGAAAACUAGCGAUGAUGGAGGAGACUCUCCUGAGCAUGAGAUGGAUGUCCCAGAGGUUGACCUGUUCCAGCUGCAAGUGAACACGCUGCGACGGUACAAAAGACAUUACAAGUUACAGACCAGGCCUGGCCUCAAUAAGGCUCAGCUAGCAGAAACUAUUAGCCGCCACUUCAGAAAUAUCCCUGUGAACGAGAAGGAGACACUUGCUUACUUCAUCUACAUGGUAAAGAGCAACAAGAGCAGGCUGGAGCAGAAAUCGGAAAGCAGCAAGCAACUAGAAUGAAGAUGAGUUGGCCUUUGGAUGAGAAUAAGCAUGAUAUUGAAGGAACAGGUGGUGUCAUGCAUUUUAAGCUUAUAAAGACUGUUCAACUAUAUUGUAAAUUUUUUUUAAAUGCAGUGUGUGUGAAUGCCUAAAAACUCUUGGUCAGGACUAUCUGAAAACAUGUGUCCAACAUGCCUAAGGAGACUUACUUCCCAGUCAAAGCCAACAUUGGAAUGAAGGAAUAAAGAUCAUAGGAAGAAUUAAAGAUAUCAGUAGGACUCCGUGGCUUUGGAGUUCAUUGAUGCAGUGUGUUAAAAUACUUCUGGAAGCCUGCUUCUGAAUGUGAUUUAGGUGACAAGUAAAAAGAAUUCAGUGGCCUCAUUCUGUGUCACAAAACCACCAUGCAGCACACUUGGACUCAGGACUGGAACAGCGGUGGAGUUAUAAUUCAGAAUCAAGGUGCCUGGGUCAGAAGUCUGUCUGAAGCUUGCUCACAACCUGAACACACUCCACCUUUUCUGAGUCAGUGCUACAAGUCCCAAACUUCUGUGAAUGAAUGCUACAAUUCGCCAAAUCCACUCAGUGAAUGCUAUUUGAUUGGUUUGAAAAUAGAUUUCUCACGUCAUAUUAUAUGGAAACCAAACUGAUAUUGCCAACCUUUUCAUCUGCUUCACCUUAUUUAAAAACUCAUUAUUUAAUUGAAUUGUUUUAAGCAUUUGAGAACAUCUGCAUUUUCUGGACUUAUGGCAUUUAAGGAAAUAUGUGGCAUUUAGGCAAAUAUUAUGAAUUAAUUCACUGGUUUGAUCAUGUUGUUAAAAAUGCCCCAAUUAAUUUACGUAAGUCUUUGUUGUGUCUCUUGAAUUCUAGGCUCAGGGGGAUAGGUGAAGCAAUGGCUUAUGGCACGAGCCUUUAUCCUGGGUCAGAUCAGGUAUAUGUCACACAAGUAACUUUAUUCUCAAUCUGGUCUUCAGCAGGUCCACAUCACAAAACUGGCACAAAGAUUGGUCUGACUUCCAGUCUCAGUUUCAGAUAAACCAUUCUAGGAGCAAUAGAUAUGUCACCAGUGUACUAACAGGAGUGUAUGCGAUAUUUGAACAGCAUCUGCCUGAACUGUUUUUGGCAUGGACAGAGAGUCAAAACACUCACCUUUCAUAAGCAUUAAAUUUACGUUUCCUAGGAAUAAUGCUGAUCAUGGAAUGGCACACAGUUGUCCUUUGUAACUGCAUAUUUUAAAAGUAAAGUUAAAAUCACACAUUUUUGUCAUUUCAAGCCAAGGUAUUCCUACAAAUCUUCACAGCCUAAACAAAAUUGGCAAAGGGAGCCUAAAGAGGGUUGUGACCUGUCAUUUUCCAAUGACCUCAAAUUCAACUCAAGGUAAUCUUUGUGAUUUAAAACACCACUCUGCGCCCCUGCUGUUUUAACUUUAGUCUUUUUAUUCUGUUCUGAGAUGCCAAGCCCCACUUGAUGAGCAUAUAUGCAAACAAGCCUUAAGCAGCAAAGUGAACAGUGGAGAACUUAGGUUAGAAUUUUUCCGUUGUGGGUUUGAACAUGCAGAAACCGGCUGUAGCUUUGAAUAGCUAAACGUGAGACACAGCUCAAUAUUGUAUGUAUUGCUUAUUGUGCAAGACAGACAGUUCAUACAAUAACGUCUUGAAAUCUUAAGCUUUCCCAAAGUGUCUGUUAAGAUAAUUAAGGUCACCACUCUAAGCAAACUGAGUUUAUUUGCAGAGCUUUCACGUGUUUGCUUAUGUUCCAAAUAGAUAUUCAAGAAACUUCAGCCUUUUUAAUAAGUCCAGUGUCAUGCAGAAAAUAGUUCUAGUGCUAGGGGUAUUCCAUUGUAAUCUGAUGCAUCUCUGAACGAUGUGGAUUGUGUCAAGUGUCCUCACAGACUUCAAUUCAGUAUGAAUUUGAAGAACCUUUUGCUAUUUAGAUCAGAGGAUAUGUCCACCCUUCAGUUAAAAACCUGGCCCGUGCCAGCUGACUCACGCUCGUGGGGCUAGGGCUAGGGAGCUGCUUAAUUGCCAUGUAACCAUUCGAGCUUGGGCUGGAGCUGGGGCCCUAGUGAGGCCCGAGCCCAAACCUCUGCAAUUAAACAGUCCCUAGGGAGUCAGCUGGCAUGGGCAAUUAGACACCUACAGGUGUCUAAUUGCAAUAGAGACAUACCCUAAGGGGCUUUGACACAAGCCGUGAAGGAGUGUAUGAAAUGGUAAGCAAAUGUCUUGCAUCAAUAUUUCCUGAGUGUUUAAGAGUCUCCAUUAUUCUGGUCCCUUCCUUAUUGGAAGGCUGAAAUAAAAACCCCGUAUCAGUCAGUUGAUCUGAUUUAUAUAAUUCAGGACAGAUGCUUAGAAGGUAUUUUUCUCUGACUGCAUGAUUAACUGCAGAGUUUGUAUGCAUGCAGCCGGAGGAGAGUGAUUAAGGAAAAAUCUGUCUUCAAGUUAUGAGUAGGUUAUGCCUCAUCCUGACUUCCAGACCAAAAUUGUAAAAAUGGAAUUUAUGUGGUGUGGUGGGUUUUUUUUGUUUGUUUGUUUGUUUUUUUAAGAGCAAAUAAUUUGUUGCAGUGUUUUAGCCGCUCAGCAGCAAAUAGAUUCUUUACAAAGGAAAUAUGGUGGCAGGUUCCAUCUGUUCAGGUGUAUUCAUUGGAAUGUUUUUGUGCAGAGGUGGGAUUCAGGACAUUUUUCUGAGCUAAUCGAUUGAUAUCAAAUUUGAUUGUUGUUGGUUUCACUUAAGCAAUUAUACUUAAAAAAAAAAUCUCAUUCUAAGGUGGUGUGAUGGAAAGAUGUUUACCAGCCAUUAGCAGGAGUUUAUAAGGUGGAGAGGUUGGAGGAGGGACACCAAAGAAGCAGAGGAAUCUUUGGUUUUCAGAUCCCUUGGAUUCCAUUGCCUUAUAAACACUUGGAGAUGCCUUAUUCUCUUGUUCUCAACUCAGCUAGAGUAACAAGCCUUGAUCAUGAGAGCAAGUGUCUUGGUGGAGGGACUGGUCACUCAUGUGACUCCCCAUGCUAGAAACUGACAUCACACGUCAAUUCAGCAGCAAUAUCUAUGUUCAGAGUGCCUGUGGCUCUCAGAGCAUUUAGACUUUAAUAACCAGAAACGCAACAAUGCAAUUGUUCUGUGUAAUGCCACUGUGUGUAUUUGAUUAUGCUGCAUGCUAAUUAAUGAUACUGUCCAACGUUUUUUAAAUCCUCAACAGCAAAUAUUUUUUGAGCCUCAGAGAUGUGAAAGCUGAGGUAGCAGAAUUUUUCUGCACUUCGGGGUUUGUUUAAGAUUCAGGAGAGCAGAAAUGCUUUGAUUGACGUGAUUCAUUCACACAAGGUGUACGUUUUUACCUUGAUACUUUCAGAAUUUGCAUUUCACAGAUGGGACUUAAAUGCUAUCUAACUGAACCAUGGUGCGCACACUUUAGUAGUAGUAUAUCAUUUGUUCCAAGUCCUGUGGGUGGAAUUCAUCCAGUGCAGAAGGCCCUAUAGGAAACCCUCCUGUCCACAUAAGAACCUAAUCCAAUUAAAGACUCCUGUCAACUUCAUUAGGGUUUGGAUCAGACCCUAAGCCCUUAGGAUGGAACUCAGAGUCCCUCCUGCAGGCUUCUUCAGUGGGUUAAUUUCAUCCUGUGUAGUGGUCCUAUGCUGGUCACUAGUAUUUGUAGGGGAAGAAAAAAAUCACUGACCUUUUUCAUGCCUUCAGCUCAGUGAAGGAAAAAGCAAGAGAAUUUGAAGUGUACUGUGAUAGGAUUAAAUUGGGGGCAGUGGCAUUGUGAUGACUGGAAAGUGCAGCUGAUAAAGCGGGCAAGAACUUAGGGGGCACUUUGUCCUUAGAUGUUCUGUGUUCAUCUUUCAAGGCCUAGUUUUGUCUCUGUAUCUUGAAUGCUGCAUAUCUUGAGCAAACUGUUGCAGUAAUAUUUAAUGUUUCUUUUGCUAGAAACUUUGGAUAUUAAAGCCUGAUUAAAAAUUUAGGUCAACCUAGCUAUAUCGCUCAGGACUGUGAAAAAUGUAAUGCCCUGUGCAACAUAGUUAGGUCGACCUAACUCCGCUGUAGACACAGCUAGAUCACCAGAAGAAUUCUUUCCAUCAAUCUAGCUACCGUCUCUCCGAGAGGUGAAUUACCUACAUCAGUGGUAAAAGCCCUUCCUGUCAAUGUCGGAGGCAUCUACUCUAGAGUGCUACAGACAGCACAACUGCAGCACCAUAGCUGUGCCAUUCUAACUGCUGUGGUGUAUACGUAUCCUAAGAUUCAGAAAAGUGGAGGAUAAAGGUUGUCCUGACUUUACCUAAUUCUCUGGUACCUGCAGGCAUGCUUCUAAGGAAAGUUGGAGGCUCUUUUGAUGUGUAGCUCAACCAAAAAACUCCACUAAAAAAACCUGUCUGGCAUUUGAAAGUCAGACAUGUCAGUAGGAUGACUUCUUAUCCAAACAAGCUAUGAAAUCUAAAGCCAAAGUAACCCACAGCAAACAUAGUUCAGACUAGGUAGCAUAGCAAAGAGAAUUCCAAAUAGGACAUGGUCCAAAUGAAAACCUAGCUUUUUAAAAAUGUGUGUGUGAAGGAAGAGUCACCUAAACAGUGUUACAUUUUGCAAUGAGUGUUUUAUGCCAAACACAAAUGUAGUGGGGAGGAGAAAGGGUGAGCCAUGCACUUUACUUCUGUUGGUAGGUUCUAAUGUAAAUACCAGUGGGAAAUGAUGGUAAGUAAAUGGAGGUGGUCAGGGAGGGGGACUUAAUCAAACAAAAUCUUUUCUAUCUUUGUUUCAAACCAUUCUUACUCCUGCAGUGCCCUAGCAUCGUUUUCUCUUUAAAGUUUAAACUGUUGAGAUGAGGGAACAUUAAACUUUUAGGUGGGAGCCAUUUUACUGCCCAGUGGAUUCACUAAAGGGCCCAUCAUGGAGAGACAAUAGAAUAUUCUUUGUUUCUUCAUGUCAGCUAGGGCUUAUCAAGCAUAAGAGAGGUGGUAGAGUUCAGUUUGCAGUUUCUGCUUUCUAGUUUUAAACGGGACUCUUAAUGGCACCAGAUAGUCCAUUCACUUCUGCAACAAACCCCUGCUCUCACUUCCAUGUUACGCAUUACCCACAGCUCUGUUUGAAAGUAACUAAAUAGUGUUCAUGGAAUGGGAGGGCUCUUGCCUUAAAUUCUGAAUUUCACUUACAAUCAGGUCUGAUGUAUAAAAUAGGUUGCAAUAGGUUCUUAAGGUCUCUGACUUAAUAGAUUUCCAGUGUUAUUUUUAAGAGCGAGGUUUGUGUUUUGCCUUUCAUUUGUUGUCUUGUCCCAUUCCACAGCCAGAACACCAAGAGGACACAUAUCGGAUAACUUUAAAAAAAAAAAAAAUCCUUUUACUCUGUACCAGGCUUACUGGGAGAAAAAACAAUCAUUCCCCCUUUCUUUAUAGCCUCCCACAUGUUCUGCUGAUCUUAUUCCAAAUGUUUUGGAUAGCUUGUAUUUUUACUGAUGUAAGAUAGCUGUGUACUGUCAGCGUAACUCUAGUAACUUAUAGUGAAACUGUAUAAUUUUCUCAGAGAUGUAGAAAAUGUUCUGCUCCCACCGUGUAUGAGACUUUAACUCUGUACUGUCAGACAAAGAUAUAAAUGCCUGAGUUUCACUUUUAAUAAAUGAUCUAUCUAGCAA